AUGACCCCUCCAUUGACUACGGCGCCAUGUUCCGAAUACGAUGUUCCGAUAUUAAUAUCUAAAGAUACAUCGAGGCGGAGUUUAGGGCCCGUACGAGAGGAUACCGGUAUAUCGACUGCGGAUUUGAAUGGUGAUAAGUACAAGUUAUUUGAUGAGAAGAAUGGAAUAGAUGGGAUGAAUGGAAUAGAUGGAGUGAAUGGGAAGAGAAAUAGGAAUCAUAAGAAAUGCGAUUCGAAAAUAAGUGUGGAGGAUACUUUGAAUGGCGGUUUUAUAAUUCCUGUGAGCUCUGCGACGACGAAUACGAAUUACGAUAAAAUAAACACGAAUUACGAUAAGACGAAUACAAAUCACAAUAGGAGGAAUAUUGAAUACCCUCAGGGUAAAUCAAUUCCUCAAAAUCCUCACGAUCGAUCAAAUCCCCAACAUUCGCAUCAUACCUCUCGUCUCAGUAUCUCCAGUAAAGCAUCCACCAAAUCCCAUCAAGAAUACAUUAAUUCCCUCGCCAUGCCACCACUAGAGGUCCUCCAAAAAAUCAAUCAUGUACAAGAACAAAAAGAAGUCGAAGCGAUCGCGAAAACUUUAAAUCAUGAUUCGAAUUUGAGUGAAGAUGAGAGGAGGAAGGCGGCAGAACUCAUACAGAGGAAUUAUAGAGGACAUAGGGAACGGAGGAUUUUGGAGGGGAAGAGAUUGGAUGUUGGGACUAGGUGGGUGGAGGCGAUUAAGGAGGCUAGGUAUAGAAACUUGACAACGCCGAGAGCGAGGGAUAGUGGGGAGAGGAGAGGAAGUCAAGGUUUGGAUGGGGAAGGGGGAGAUAUGGCUAUAAAUGCAGGAGCUAUAGGAAGUCCCACGACACAAGAUAAAAUAUCGCACGCGCGAGAAAAUUGGAAGAAGAUCGGUAUGAUAGCUCGACGAGCAGGCGGAGAUGAGGAAUCAGAUGAAGAAGGUGAGGAUGAAUAUAUAGGAGAUUUAAACGAAGAGGAACAUACCGCACGACGAAAGCGCCGUCUGGAAGAAAAGUCCUUGCGACAGAAAGCAGCGAAGAUAAUGGAUUUACAAUAUUUUCUCGAAAUGGUCGAUCUUAAACAUAGAUAUGGAUCGAAUCUUCGUACAUAUCAUGGAGAAUGGAAAAAAGCGGAUACAAAGGAGAAUUUCUUCUAUUGGUUGGAUUAUGGGGAGGGGAGAUUUAUCGAUUGUCAAGGAUGUCCGAGGGAGAGGUUGGAUAGGGAACAAGUGAGGUAUUUGAGUAAGGAGGAGAGAUUGGAUUAUCUGGUUAAGAUUGAUGGGGAGGGACGAUUGUGCUGGGCGAAGAAUGGAGAGAGGAUUGAUACGACGACCGAGUGGAGGGAUAGUGUAAGAGGGAUUGUGAGGAUUGAAGACGAGACGCCUGUUUUUUCGCCGGUGGGGGGUGAGGCAGAUAAUGAGGGGGAUGAGGAGGAGGAAAGCGAGAGUUCUAGUGAUGAUUCUCCCCUUCAUACACAUACACAUACUCAAUCUCACUCAGAAAUCGAAACCGAAACCGAAAUCGAACUCGUAGCCCAACAGGAAGAGUCCCGCGCCGCCAAAUACGCAACCCCCGCCUACUCCCAGCAACAUGGCAUGAAGAAAAUCACGCACAUAUCCGCCAGCACCAUCUUCAACAAACUACUCCGCGGCUCCGUCAAGAAAAACACAUGGAUAUUCGUGGCCGAUACUUCGUUUCGUCUCUACGUUGGUAUUAAACAAAGUGGCGCGUUUCAACAUUCUUCUUUUCUGCAUGGAAGUCGUAUUAGUGCGGCGGGAUUGAUCAAAAUUAAAGAGGGGAGGUUGACGAAAUUGUCGCCGUUGAGUGGACAUUAUAGACCGCCGGUGUCGAAUUUUAGGGCGUUUGUGAGGAAUUUGAGGGGGGAGGGCUGUGAUAUGGGGAGGGUGAGUAUUAGUAGGAGUUGUGCGGUGCUGGUGGGGUUGGAGGCUUAUUUGGGGGUUAGGAGGAGGGUUAAGAGGGUUGUGGGGGUUGUGGGGAGGCGGGCGGGGAGGGAGAGGGGGAGAGGGAGGAAGAAGGUGGUGGAUGGAGAGGGGAUGAAUGAGAGGGACGGGGAGGGGGAGGAUGAGGAGAGGAGUAUGGUUUCUUAG